CCCACCAUGCAAACCGCUUUCUCCCACAACGGAGUGUCCGCUGCGAUUGGCUGUGAGUGAAGCAGGGUGAUUGAGGAGUCCAUGCCACAUCCACUGCCCGCAGCAGCAGGCUGCAGGACGCUCCCUGCUCUCUUGCCAGGCGAUAGGGAGGGGAAGGGAAGGGAGGGAAGGGAAGCCCAGAUCAGGUGUGCAUGUAAAGACUGACAGAAACUAAAUGAGUGACAUUCCUGACCAGCCUCGGAGUGUCUCGUCGUAAGCUUUGUAUCCGGCCCACCGAAUUUGCCCUCCUCCACCAUCUCUUUCUCCUCCACCCAUCUCUCUCUCCUUCGAGUCGACUCAAAAAGUCUCCACCCAUCUCUUCCUCUUUCUUUUUUCACGCUGCCGCGUGUCCCUCGCUCUCCUCGUCCUCCACACCUCCUGACUCCUCAACCGUCACUCGCCUCGCGCCUCUCACUCCGCCUUCCCCGCCGCCCGACCGGCCGCCGCCAUGCCGCCCUGGGAGAGGUACCUCGCGCGACCCCCGCUGCAUGCGGAGGUGCCCUAUCCGCUCGACACGUGGCAUAGCGCCGCCUCGUGCGACAGCGUCGCACAAGACAUGGGGUCGUGGCAACACACUAUCGCGCAUCCACCCGCGCCACUGCCCUCCCACCUCUCCUCCGCGUUCUCCGCACUCUCUUCCGCGCCCUCUUCACAUCUGCCCUCCCCCCAUCUGCCCGACCGCGCAUUCUCCCCCUCUCUCCCGCACCACGCGCAAGGCCAAGCCCUCCCCGGGAAGUCGGUGCUUCCGCCAAACGCGCCGUCCGCGCCGUCCGCGCCCUUCACGUCGUCCGCCUUCGCCUUCCCCUCGCUCGCCCUCGACACCUCCCUCUCCGCCCUCUCCCUUUCCCUCCGCUCUCAAUCCUCGCCUGAUCCUCCCGCCCGCCCUUCUCUUCCGCACGCCGCCUCCGCGGGCUCUCUCCGCACCCUUGCUUCCGCCGCGCUUUCCGCCCCCCAUUGUGCGCCGCCUGCGCCGUGUUCAGCGGUCAGCGACGGCGGCACCGGUCGCCGCAGCGCGAGCAUGAUUCCGUAUCCCGCGGGGAAGGCGAUGAAUCCAGCGUCGUCGGGCUCCAGCCCGUCGUCGCCCGCGUCGUUCGUAUCGUCCGUUUCGUCGCCAGUCGCAAGCAAUGCGACGGCUGAUCUGUCGCACGACUCGCUUCCCGCCGACAACCCUUGGUACGUUUCGCCUACGCCAUCGGCCCCCGCAGAGGGCGGAAAGGACGAGCCUGGUGGAACCGCGGAGGCUGCAGGCGGAAAGGCAAGCGCGGGGAUGACGAAAGGCGGAGAAGUGAGUCCGGAUGCGCUCUCUGCUGCAGAUCGUGGCACGGCGGAGGAGCAGGGGGCGUCGGGUUUGGCGCAAGCGACGCACGCGGGGGAGGUGGAGCGGCUGCAGCGGGCCGUGCGGCGGGCGGAAGCCGCUGCGGCGGAAGCGCAGCAGGCGGCGGCGAUGGCGCAGAUGGAGAUGGCGCAGAUGCAGCGCGCGUGCGGGGAGCAGGCGCGGCAGGUGGUGCGCCUGCGGCGGGAGCUGGACUCCGCGGGGGACGCGCACCUGCAGCUCGCGGCGGAGGUGGCGUGCCUGCGCGGGGAGCUGGCGGGCGCGGGGGACGUGGCGGUGCAGCAGGCGGGGCAGGCCGCGCGGCUGCGGCGCGAGCUGGAGGGGACGCAGUGCGUGGUGGUGCGGCAGGCCGCGGAGGCGACGCAGCUGCGGCGCAUGGUGAAGGCCGCGCACGCCGUGGACUUGGUGCACCUGGAGGACUUCGCCAUAGCGGCCCUGCAGCACGACCUCAAGGCGGAGGCGCGCCGCGGGCUGCCCCCAGCGGACGCGGCGCUGAUGGACGCGCCAGAGGAGUAUGGCGGGUGCCGCCAGUUUUACCAGACCGGCGCCUGCCACUUCGGCCGCGGCCGCCGCCCGUGCCCCAACGAGGCCAGCCACUUCUGCCUGCGCUGCGGGCGUGCCCACGGCACGGCGCCGCACCUCGUGCUGCUCCGCCGCCUCAACGCCCGCUGCCUGUUGCCGCAGUGAGCACUGCCUGCUGCUGCCGUAGCUGCAGGACUCAAUGGAGUUAACUUCGCAACUGCUCAAGACCAGCAUCCAGCUCUCCUGGCGCUGCACUGCGCCCCGCCUUUUGCUGCCCAUGCAGCCAAACCACCGCGCCCUGCUGGCCAAAGCAAGAAACAAGUGUGUGCCCAGCAGCCUUGAGCAUUCACUCUAGCCUUGCUGCCAUGCAGCUGACACCAGCUGCCAUGGUCCCCCCUCUGCCUCCCUACCAUUCACUCGACUGCCCGCCCCACCAAGGCAAUUGUUGCCUACGAGCUGCAGGCUGCUCUCUGCAGCCAUGGCUCCUUCCACCACCGGUUGCCGCCGCCACCACCCCGUGCACUGCUCCUCCCUGUGCAGCUGCCUCCUGCCAUCCGCUCUGCUCCAUGGCCCCACUCCAGUCGCCAUCCCAAGGGGCCCUUCUCCGCAGUACCCUGCACACCCCAUGCAUCCUGCCCACACCCUGUUGUUGGUACGGGUGCCUCAUUGCUUUGCUGCACAACCAUGUUUUGCUGCUGCCCUGCCCUGCUCGCCCAUGCACGCAUGCGGGCAUGUGGGCAGCCCUUGCCCUUCCAGCAGGCAGCUGGGAGCUCCCUUGGGUCAUGGUGUUAGCCAGCCGUGCCCACUUUGUCUCAUCAUCUGAUAUUUUUGCUGUUAUUUAUUGCUGUAAUUAUUUAU